AACAAAGUGGCCUGGAUAUCUCCGGUUCGCCAGCUGGCUUGGGAAUCGACUCAAUAGCAUAGUAAGGGCAUCUCCCGUCCUUUUGUCUCUGCUUUCUAUCUCCAUCUCUGUUACUCUCACUGCUCAGUUCUACUCACCGGCCUCGCUUCCUUUUGCUGCUGCCUUCUCUUGGGCAUGGCAUCAUCCUGGUCAUGGGUUGCAUUUUCCGGGUGCCUGACUGCUAGUGAUGAUUUAUAUAGUGCUUUGCAGAGCGCUGGCUGAUCUCUCUAUUCUUCUCCUCAUUCACAGGUUGCAUUAUAUUGUCCUUUGUCUGGACUACAGCUCUCUGUUUACUUUCCUGUGAAUUCACUCUUUCGUCUGGUCCUUCUCUUCACUCCUUGAUCCGUCUUGCAUAAAACACCCUCGAUUUCGACCGCGGCCUUAACCCUCGUCUUCCACUUCUGGCUUUUGCAUCUCCCUUACUACAUCAAACCCCGGCGAUAGCUUGGUCGAACGCUGCCUCAGAUGGGCGCGAGACCAUACCUUUGGACUGAGUAAGGAUAUUGGAUAACGUACCUUUGGUUGGCCACCCAAACCGAUGUGCUAUCAGAUUUGGGGACUCCAUAAAUCAUGGCUACACCAUCGGCAGAGAGCUCGAAACGGGCUAAAGCAGUUGUGGAUGAUGAGCAGAUGAAUUUGAGAAUAGGGCACUACACACGGCUGAAUGAGAUUGGUCGUGGUAGCUUUGCUACAGUCUAUCGUGGUACCCAUAAUGUAAGGCCCUCCCCUUAAUAUAAUAUUCCUGGAACAAUGUUUGAAGAGUCUGAAAGAGUAAGCUGACUUAGUUCUUUAAUAAUAGGAAUACAACACCUUUGUUGCCGUCAAAUCGGUCACUCUGCUUCGUAUGACCAAGAAGCUAAGAGAUAACCUAAAGUUGGAGAUCGAUAUUCUUAAGAGCCUUCAGCACCCACAUAUCGUUGCCUUGAUAGAUUGCUAUGAGACGUCAUCUCACAUACAUAUCAUUAUGGAGUUCUGCAUGCUCGGUGAUCUCUCCCGCUUUAUCAGGAAACGGAACUCCAUGGCCAAGCACGAGCUGCUACGAGAUAUGAUGACCAAGUAUCCCAAUCCACCAGGAGAGGGUCUCCAUGAUGCAGUUGUCCGCCAUUUCUUAAAGCAACUUGCCAGUGCACUUCAGUUCCUCAGAGCAAAGGACUUGAUACAUCGAGAUGUCAAGCCGCAGAAUCUACUCCUCCAUCCUUCUCCCAUCAUCUGCUCGAAAACCCUAAUCCAGUCUGUUUCUUACAAGGGAAGCGAAAACUCGUUCACUCCCAUCGCGGGAGUUUCGUCAUUUCCUAUGCUUAAAAUAGCAGACUUUGGAUUUGCCCGGUCUCUACCAUCUACAUCGCUUGCGGAUACCCUUUGCGGAUCACCGUUAUAUAUGGCGCCUGAGAUUUUGCGCUAUGAGAAAUAUGACGCCAAAGCAGAUCUAUGGUCCGUUGGGACUGUACUCUAUGAGAUGGUGGUUGGAAAGCCCCCGUUCAAAGCUGCAAACCACAUGGAAUUGCUGCAAAAGAUCCAGUUGACCAAGGACAGAAUUAGAUUCCCGCGGGAGACACCAGUUGCCAGUGACAUAAAAAAGCUAAUCCGCAGCCUCCUCAAGUUUAAUCCUGUUGAAAGAAUUACUUUCCCUCUAUUUUUUGGGAAUUCAGUUAUCGAGGGUGAUAUCCCUGGUCUGGUAGGUGAAGACCUAGAAGAACAAAUAGAGAGAAAUGCCGCUCGUGAACGGCAACGGCUUGAAGGCGAUGACCUGGAACCGGAAGGCCUCGAGCAAGAGAUACUGGACCGAUCAGACACCCAAGCCGAAGACAUGGACGAUGAGGUUGAAGAGACAACAAAUAAAGCUCCAGCUCCAGUGACUGAACCAACUGAAACUCGACCUGGCCCUCGACCAAUAGUGGAACAUAACUCACGACUCGGCUCUGCUGUAAGCAGGGUAGAUGGACGAGAUAAAUACGAUCUUCAGCGUGCAGCAGGUCGUCAUACGGAAGACUCCCCAGCAAUCCCUUCAACUAGAAAUGUUUACCCUGUUAGCGAGCCUGUGGUGAGGCAAAGCGAUAACCAGCGGUCUUCCAAAUCUUCCCUUACCGAGCAGAUAUCGGGGCCUUCGCAGACUGCUCGUUCCCAAAAUGCAAAGCAGUUAUCAGAGAUAGAAAAGGAGCGUGCUGCACAAGAUAUUGCUUUCGAACGAGAUUAUGUUGUGGUGGAGAAACGAGCAGUUGAAGUAAAUGCUUUUGCGGAUGAGCUCGCUGCUAGUCCCAGAGUGCAGCAACAGCAGUUGAGCUCUCGUCAGUCUGGUGCCAUUGUUCGCCGGGCUACAACCACAGCUACUCCGCAUUCGCUCAAAACAAAAUAUACUCCCCAGCCCGAUACCCAAGAAAGACAAACUAAGCCAAGAGCCGAUUCUACACAUAAUCGACGAUAUUCAUAUGAUAGGAGAUAUGGGCCUAAUCCGAUUUCUGCAACAUCGGCUAUCUCCAAGGCUCUUAACAUGGCUAGUGGGAGGCUGUUUGGUGUCAGCUUUUCUCCGCCAUCCGCGUUGACAAAGGGUGGCCGAUCUCCUCCGUUAGGAUAUAGCCCAUUCCCGACAUAUCCUGUUGCACAGAGCAGCUUGGUAGUAGUCGAUGAGAAGCCACAACAUCUUAGCCAUGAUUCAAAGACCGUACAUAUUAUCGAGGAAUGUGCGACUCGGAGUGAUGUUGUUUACGGGUUUGCUGAAGUCAAAUACAAGCAACUUAUCCCGGCUACGCCUUCGAACAAAUCGGAUUCCACCAUCAAGCCAAGUACCAUUGAGCAUAGCCCCGAUGAUGACGGCCUGACGCUUGAUGCAGUGCUUACACUAUCUGAAGAAGCUUUGGUGUUAUACGUAAAGGCUUUGUCCAUUCUUGCAAAGGCCAUGGAUAUUGCAGGAGCAUGGUGGGCACGGAAAAACCGGGAAGAGAGUAUCGGCAGUGGCCUACCACCGUCGAAGACGGAGAAGGACAUCGUGAUAAGCAGUCGAAUUAAUAAUGUUGUCCAAUGGGUCCGGACUCGUUUCAACGAAGUGCUUCAGAAAGCCGAAUAUUCCCGUCGACGCCUUCUAGAAGCGCAGAAGCAGCUGCCCCCCGAUCACCCGUACCGCAUGUCUCACGAAGUCGGCGAAUCAGGAAGUCUUCCAAGUUUCGAUCAAUCUUCAGACCAAGUGAUCAUUAGUUCGGGUAUCACUGCAGAGAAACUGAUGUAUGACAGAGCUUUGGAAAUGAGUCGGACGGCUGCUAUCAAUGAGUUGACUGGCGAGGAUUUGUCCGGUUGCGAAAUAGCUUAUGUCACCGCAAUCAGAAUGCUCGAGGCUGUACUAGAGAGUGAUGACGCUUCUCGAUCAACUAAAGACCGAGGAACCGCAGAUGGAGGCAGUUCAGGCGAACCCCAAAUGGAAGACAGUCAAAUUCAAGGGGAGGACUGUGAAGUUGUUGCCAAACGUAAGGGACUUUUCCUGCCACGCUUAUGUUGUAUUGCAUUGCUAACUGUUUUCCCGCAGUCGUCGAAAGCAUUCGGGCCCGUCUAAGAGCCCUUAGAAAGAAGAUGGCUCUAAUGGCAAAACGAACUUCCGCUCCACCGGCUGUACUUUCGCCAAAACUCCCACCAUCGCACCCACGGCCAGCAUCUCCUGCCAUGGCUCAUUCACCAUCUAAAUGAAGAAAAAUGUCAUUGCUCUCGGUCAUUGCUAACCCAUGUCUAAUCCGCUAUGUCAAUAUGUUUUUUAAACGUCAAUUUUGAAACUUACUUUGCCUGCAGCAAUCUAUCCAGGAACCGGAGUUAGUCGCUUUCGAUCAUCUACUUUCUGGCAUUGCAUAUCCAGCCUGUGGCCCCCAUGCUAUUAAUUACCUACCACCAGCCUUCUACCAGUCCCUUACUCCUACUCUAUUCAUCACCCUACAUUUAAAUCUGGACUGCCUAAAUCUGAUGAUGUCCUUCAACCGCUACCCUUUUCUACUUGUCAAUAACCCUUGACUUUGCCUUUUUCUCC